CGUCCUCAGGUUUCAUGUAGGUAACGCUUUGCUACAUCAUGUAGUCUAUGUAGUGCUAAAACGUCAAGCAGGGAUAUGAACUUGUUUCUUCUUCUGCGGAAACAAUGGCAGAGUCUUCUAAAUUAGAUUUUAAGCGAUCAAAAGUAGUUGUCGGGGUGUGUGCUAUGAAAAAGAAGGCGGCGUCGAAGCCGAUGAAAGAAAUUCUCAAACGACUACGCGUUCAAGAAGUUUUCGAAAUUGUCGUGUUUACAGACAAACAAAUAUUGCAGGAGUCUGUUGACAACUGGCCUAUCUGUGAUGCCUUUAUAGCAUUCUAUUCGACAGGAUUUCCUUUGGAGAAGGCAAUAGAGUAUGCAGAGCUGAGGAAACCAUACUUGGUUAACGAUCUUCCUGCUCAAUAUCUUACAAGAGACAGACGGGAAGUGUAUCGUGUGUUGCAUGAGAAUGAUAUUGAGACUCCAAGAUAUACAAUUAUGAAUCGAGAUGAAAGCAGCAACUCUAAGUUACAUGAAGAUGACGACUGGGUUGAAAUUGAUGGCACAGUUUUUCAGAAGCCAUUUGUUGAAAAACCUGUGGAUGCUGAAGAUCACAAUGUGUGCAUAUAUUAUCCAACCUCUGCAGGAGGAGGAAGUCAAAAGCUUUUUAGAAAGGUGGGAGACAAGUCUAGUGAAUAUUCCUGUGAAGGUUCUGUACGCAAAUCUGGAUCUUACAUAUAUGAGGACUUCAUGGCUACUGAUGGAACUGAUGUCAAGGUUUACACUAUUGGACCACAUUAUGCACAUGCUGAAGCAAGGAAAUGUCCGGCUCUUGAUGGCAAAGUUGAAAGGGAUAGUGAAGGUAAAGAGAUCAGAUAUCCAGUGAUACUGACUGCAAGAGAGAAGCAAAUUGCAAGAAAUGUUUGCCUUGCUUUUAAGCAAACAGUUUGUGGUUUCGAUCUUCUCCGUGCAAAUGGGAAAUCAUAUGUUUGUGAUGUGAAUGGCUUCAGCUUUGUAAAAACAUCAAAGAAAUACUAUGAUGAUUGUGCUCAAAUUCUUGGAGAAAUGUUGUUAUCUAACCUUGCUCCUCAUCUUGUAUCACCAUCGUCAUCAUUAUUGAUAGCUCAGCUGGUUCCUCAGGAGGAAGCUGUUGUUCCACUUCCAUCAACUUCUGGACCACAAGUAGAGUUGAGAUGUAUUGUUGCUAUUAUUCGCCAUGGGGAUCGCACACCCAAACAAAAACUCAAGAUGGAAGUGCAUCAUGAGAAGUUUUAUGAUUUCUUUGAGAAACAUGGUGGAAAGAGGAAAGGAAGAUUGAAAUUGAAGAAGCCAUCGCAUUUACAGGAAGUACUCUCUAUUGUUCGUGCUCUUCUUGCUGAAGCAGAAGAGGAAAAUGAUGACGGCAUGCUGUGCGAAGAUUUAAGCAAGCUGAUGCAAGUCAAGUCUGUCUUGGAAAUGUAUGAUUCUUUCUCAGGAAUCAAUCGGAAAGUCCAGUUUCGCUACCUGAAGACAUCAAGCAGACCAACGAGUAGUCAGCGCAGUCCAACUCCAGUUGGUGGCAUAACUGACCAAGCAAGGGGUGAACAAGGCUUGUUGCUCAUUCUCAAAUGGGGAGGAGAACUGACGGCAGCUGGUGGUGUGCAGACCCAGGAAUUAGGUCUAGCAUUUCGUUGCAUGUAUCCUGAAGAGACAGGAGAGUAUGGUCUAGGAUUUCUGAGAUUGCAUAGCACAUAUAGACAUGACUUGAAGAUUUAUGCUGCUGAUGAGGGAAGAGUGCAAACCACAGCUGCAGCAUUUGCAAAGGGUUUGUUGGCUUUGGAGGGUCAGUUGACUCCAAUACUAGUCUCAUUAGUAAACUGUGACAAGACAAAUAACAUGCUGGACUCUUCAACAUAUGCUGUAAACAUCAUGGAUGGGUAUUUAGUCAAGGCAAGGCUUCAUGACAUGCUACGUGAAGAUAAAGAGUUUAAUGUUGAAGCAAUUAAAGAGUUGGCUCCUACUGGAUGGAUAUCUUUGAAGAGAUCUAUUGAGAAGAUGAAGAAUCCUUUCCAGGCUUGCUGCCAGGUACAUAGACUUGUACAGAAAGUGACAAGACAUGUAAAACAGUUGAUGGAAGAACUUGGUCCAGACAUUGUAUUGUAUCAUGGAGAAACAUUUUUGCAGAUGGCAAGUCGCUGGGAGAAGUUAGAAAAAGAUUUUUAUCAGGCCAAGCGUAGGCUGUUUGAUAUCAGCAAAGUGCCAGAUCUGUAUGACUGUGUGAAAUAUGAUUUACUGCAUAACAGACCACUGAAUCUUGAUGGUGCUGAAGAACUUCAUGAUCUUGUCAGUACACUAGCUGAUAUUGUCGUUCCUCAGGAGUAUGGUAUGACUGCUGAAGAAAAGUUGGAAAUUGCACAGUUAAUAUGCUCACCUUUAUUACGAAAAAUGCGUGCUGAUUUCAAACACAACGUUCCAGAUGCAGAGAACUUCAAUCAGCUGAAUACGACGUACUGUGAUGAUGUGCAGUUAAUGUCGUCUCAUGGCCAUGUUCGUACGAGACUCUAUUUCACCAGUGAAUCACAUAUUCAUUCUGUUGUUAAUGCACUUCGUUUGGGAAAUCUUUUCAAUGAUGUACAUGAUGAACAGUGGGAGAAUGCCUUGCAAUUUCUCUCCUCUAUCUCUGAGUUUAACUACACAACUCAGAUUGUAUUUCGUCUUUAUGAAGACAAAUCCAAGCCACUGGAAAGUCCUCAUCGAUUUUUCGUGGAAAUCUUGUUCAGUUCUGGUGCUUUCAACUACAGUGAGGCUAGCAAACCAGGCUCACGAAGGCCAUCUCAAUCAAUAGAAUUUGAGCAAGCUUCUUGUAUUGCAUCUCAUCCAUCAUUCCUUAGCACUGCAGAUGGAGAGCAAAAGGGAUCACUGGAUAAACAACAAGAGCCACUGGAUGAGCUAACACCGUCACCUUCAUCUCCAUCUUCGCUUCAGAGUCCUACUCUGCUAUCAAGAGAGCACAGCCCCAGUGGAAGCGAGGAUCGGUUAUCAGUGGUAAUGCCUACUCAUUUUGGUCAGAACCUUUCCUUGCCUUCAAGGAUGAAACUUGAUAGUGGCAAUCCAGGUGAGAGAAGAAAACUUUCAGUUGAUGCAGGCCAGACACCAACUAUCCCUGAAAAUUUUGAAAUAAAAGUUAAAAGCCAGAAAACUUCAGUUGGUCUUGACCCAGUCUUUCGUCGCGUAAACAAGGAAGAAGAAAGGAGAGUUUAUUCAAGUUUUGGUCUAACGCCUGGUCUUGGAAUGGUCUCAUCGAUACAACGACUAGUGACUCUACACAGUGGAGUGCCUCUAACACUGAUGGAUCAGUUUCUGUCAAGGACAGCACUUGAUAGCAAGCAGAUGCAGGAAAUGGCUAAUCAAAGUCCCAGAGCUGUAUUCCGAAGAGGCAGCUGUAGCCCCUGAAGUAGUAGUUGGUGUACAAUUUCACUGUCUGCAUUGCUUACAGUUUAUUAUACAUGGUUACUUGUAUCUGGAGCUAGAAUGGAUUAUCUUGACUUGUUGAUCUAGGUCUGUGAAAUCAUAUGCGCAUUGUAGUUAUCAAAUUGAGAGCAAAAUUA